CCUGCCGGGCGGCUCUUCGGCUGGAGCUGAGAAAGGAGCGCUUUCCCGGACUCGGCUCGGCUCCGAGGCUCCGAAGCCGACGCCGCCAGCUCAGCCCCGGGGGCGGGAGCAGGACUGCCAGCAGAUCCCGCACCUAGGAGCCGCCGAGCCCGAACGCCUCAUGGGACGCCCCCGGGGGCUCUCUCCCCGCCCUGCUGCCGAGUCCCGGUCCUAGGCGCCCGGGCUCCACGGCCCACCCCGCCCGCAGCCCGCGGCCUGUCUGGAGAGGAGUAUGAGGCCCGGGGCCCCGCGGACGCCGGCCACCGGGCGGCAGGGGCCUAGCUGCGAAGCCCCGCGCCCGAGGGCGGCGGGUAAGGAGCCGCGGGAGCCGGCGAGGCGUCGGGGCGCGGAGAGGAGCGCCCCUGCCCGGGCACCCGCUGGGCCACGGGACUCGCGUGUGGCCUGAGUGCCGGGGAGGAGGCGGAGGCGCCCCUCCGUCCGGGCUCUGGGAAGGCGGCGAGGGGCUCCGCGGCGGCCCCGGACCCCUGGCCACCAUCCUCACGCUCCUGCUCCCGCCGGGGGGAUGUCGCGGCCCGGGCCCCGAGCGCCGCCCCGGCCCCGGGGCUGAGCUCCGGACCAUGUCCUCCCGCAGCCCCCGGCCCCCGCCCCGCCGUAGCCGCCGCCGCCUGCCGCGCCCCUCCUGCUGCUGCUGCUGCUGCCGCCGCUCGCACCUCAACGAGGACACCGGCCGCUUCGUGCUGCUGGCGGCGCUCAUCGGCCUCUACCUGGUGGCGGGUGCCACAGUCUUUUCCGCGCUGGAGAGCCCCGGCGAGGCGGAGGCGCGGGCGCGCUGGGGCGCCACGCUGCGCAACUUCAGCGCUGCGCACGGCGUGGCCGAGCCGGAGCUGCGCGCCUUCCUCCGGCACUACGAGGCCGCGCUGGCCGCCGGCGUCCGCGCCGACGCGCUGCGCCCGCGCUGGGACUUCCCCGGCGCUUUCUACUUCGUGGGCACCGUGGUGUCAACCAUAGGUUUCGGCAUGACCACCCCCGCGACGGUGGGCGGGAAGGCCUUCCUCAUCGCCUACGGGCUGUUCGGCUGCGCCGGGACCAUCCUGUUCUUCAACCUCUUCCUGGAGCGCAUCAUCUCGCUGCUGGCCUUCAUCAUGCGCGCCUGCCGGGAGCGUCAGCUGCGCCGCAGCGGCCUGCUGCCCGCCACCUUCCGCCGUGGCUCCGCGCUCUCGGAGGCCGACAGCCUGGCGGGCUGGAAGCCCUCGGUAUAUCACGUGCUGCUCAUCCUGGGCCUGUUCGCCGUGCUGCUGUCGUGCUGCGCCUCGGCCAUGUACACCAGCGUGGAGGGUUGGGACUACGUGGACUCGCUCUACUUCUGCUUCGUCACCUUCAGCACCAUCGGCUUCGGGGACCUGGUGAGCAGCCAGCACGCCGCCUACCGGAACCAGGGGCUCUACCGCCUGGGCAACUUCCUCUUCAUCCUGCUCGGCGUGUGCUGCAUUUACUCGCUCUUCAACGUCAUCUCCAUCCUCAUCAAGCAGGUGCUCAACUGGAUGCUGCGCAAGCUGAGCUGCCGCUGCUGCGCGCGCUGCUGCCCGGCGCCCGGCGCGCCCCUGUCCCGGCGCAAUGCCAUCACCCCGGGCUCCCGGCUGCGCCGCCGCCUGGCCGCGCUCGGCGCCGACCCCGCGGCCCGCGACAGCGACGCCGAGGGCCGCCGCCUCUCGGGCGAGCUCAUCUCCAUGCGCGACCUCACGGCCUCCAACAAGGUGUCGCUGGCGCUGCUGCAGAAGCAGCUGUCGGAGACGGCCAACGGCUACCCGCGCAGCGUGUGCGUCAACACGCGCCAGAACGGCUUCUCGGGCGGCGUGGGCGCCCUGGGCAUCAUGAACAACCGGCUGGCCGAGACCAGCGCCUCCAGGUAGACCGCCCGUCCGCCCGCGCCAGGGACCCUCUCCAGGCCGCGGGGCCGCCGGGCGUGGUUUGCUUCCCUUCUCUCAGUCACUGCUGGCGCUUUCUUAAUCUUUAUCCAAUAAAAUGAAACAAAAAAAAUUUUUUUUAAAGAAAUACUAUUUGGCCAGGCCUGAUGUUAUCAAGGGCAGGUUUUGGGGACGCCUGUGUUCCUUGUGAGUUCCCUUUUCGAGAACCGUGGCCCCCAGCAGAUUCUCCUUCAGGGAGAGAAAACGUGGCCCCCCCAGGUCCCCACCCAGGGCAUACCGCAGCGAGGAGGGUUUUGCAGACUGGCACUAAACCCCGUCCCCAUGCACAGAAGCAGCCGGCAACCCCAAAGCAUAUGGUGCAACUUUUCGUGGCUCUGAAUUACCUCCUCAGCAUUUAGAAUCCUGGCCCAGCCUAGCAGCUUCCUUCUGGUCGUCAGAAGUGAUAUAGUCACAGUUUUGACAGGUGGGGGUAGGGACAGCCAUAUGUUGCCUCCCGAUGUAUAUAUAUAGAACAGCCACUACACACAGAGAAUGGUGUAGUAUUAUGCAAUGAGAUGAAACAUAGCACCAACUUGCGGACUGUGGCAUUUCCCCCAGAUUUGGAAAUUGCAGUGGUGAGGGGCUUAGCUGGCCUUUCUCAGCCCAAAGUUAGUCCAUUUAGCACAGAGCACAGGGCAGCUACUUCUAAUGGCGGGCAGUCCAGGGCACCUGUGAGGAGGGGCGCGCUGAGGCUGCAGGAGCCCUGCUGGGCUUUAGCUGGCCAAUCUCCAGGCUCGGAUAGGAUCUUGAAUCCCCCAACCGUCCUUUCUUUCACAAGCUCAUCCACAACAGGCCUUUUCAAUAUUAACCAGGAAUAUCUGAGUCUCCUCAGACAAGAUAUUUCUUUGUUGGUGUGGAUUUUUUUUUUUUUUUUCUUAACUACUGUUGAUGAGUUCAACUUUUCCCCCUUUGAGAGAUCAUGGGGUUGCUGGGCGCAGCCCUCCAGCUUCUCCUCCUCCUCUGAAGGAGGCAGCUCUGCCAGCUGCGUUCUUGGGAACCAGGGCCUGCAGCACCAGGAACCCAAAAGAAGCCAUCUUGCAAAUGUCAGCGUGUUUGGUUCCAGAGGCCAUGAUGUGUUUGGGGUCAGGAAAGACAGAAUCCCUUUCUAAAUAUUGUUUAUCAAGAGGAUUUGUCUUCUCCAUGCACAGCCUAUUGGAGGUAGAGGAAGGCAGGAGGGAGGGAGCUGGUGAAACUGGUGGAUGGAAGUAAUGUUAGGAUUAAAGUUUUGCUCUCAGGCUGAGGGACAGAUUCUCUCAGACUUGCCUUCUGCAGCACGGGGGCCCCUGACCUGGAGGAAGGCCAGAUACCCAGGCUUCGUUGAAAGGAUGGUGGUCUGGGGCUGUAAACAAACACUCCCUCUGGCCAUUUUUCUCAUCUAUGAUGAGGGCAAGGACAGGUGCCAGAGUUUAUACAGGCACGGCGUGACCCACCAGUAGGCAGAGCUUCUGAUAGGAAGUCUUAGAAAAGCACCGCCUCACCGCCUCCAGCUCGAGCCAUGCUGUGAAAUCUCUCUCCCUGGCAAAUGUGCCUGGAACACACACACACAAACAUGCACGCAUGCGCUCACGCAUACAGCAUUUGAGUCAAACUUGAAUGUCAAACUCCUCUUUCCCCUUCUAGUUCAUGGCAGGAAGGGAAAGCUUACCUGAGAUCUCAGUGACUCUCCAGCUAUUUUGGGUAAUUUCCGGUUUGAGUUGGGAUUAGUUUUUAAACAUGGGCCCUAAUCUAGGGUGAAGCCAGUGAAGCAGCACUGGCCAGGAGAGAGGUCAGUCUUGCUAAAUACUGAAUGGUGGGCUCCUGUGAAAACCAUACUUUCAGGAUUCACUGUGACUGCCAGGCCAGCCCAGCGAGUGCCCCCACAUCCAAGCCAUGGUUGCGGUCACAGUGAAGGGAUUGCCCACUCAGAGGGGCACAUGUUCUCUAGGGCAGGGCCCUCUGACAGGACCUGGAAAUAAAAUCCACGUUUAUCCCUUUAAAAAAGGGAACGAUUAAAAGGCAUUCAAUUAGAGGUGUUACCUAGGCAACAGGAAAUAACUUGGGGAUCAGAGCUGUCCAGAAAGGGAAGAAGAGAUCCCCAUGAUAGAGGCAUCUAGAUAGUGAGGACUUGAUCUGGGGGCAAAGUAACAGCCUACGCACAGGAAGUGAGCCCCAGCAACAGUCC